AUGCUUAACGAUGAUUUCAUACAUGUUUGUAGCAAAAAUCACCUAAAUAAGUUAUUAUACACGCGUUGCACGUUCCGUUCUAGUAGUUCGAGAAGAAAAGUAUUGUUGGAAUUGAUACACACGUAUGCCGUACAAGUAAGGAAAAUCCACAUUCUUAGCAUAGAUCUGACCAAACACGUUUUGAAGAAUACGAACUCGAAAUCUUUGUAUUACACCGCACGAACGGUAUUAUUAUUACAUACUACUGUAACUUCGAACGGUAAAUCCUCGUGGUACACUCUUUACGGACGGCCCAUACGAGUUUUUAUUCCAUACAGUUGUGUACGAGGAUUCAACGGUAAAGUUGAACAAGUCAUAGAGCGUACGACGAUCGGGGCAGGUAUAUUGUGUUCAAAAGCUACCUAA